UCUAUCAUUAAAACAUCAUUGGAUAUUCUACAUAAUAAAUUCGUGUGUCAGCCCAUGAGGCGACACGAGUAUCUCGCCACGAAGUAUGUGCAGCGAUGGAAAGCCUUCGUCCACAGGAGAAGCAAGGGCAUCCUAAAACAAACGAGACGAGAUACUGUUGACAAUUUUUUAGACAAACUACGGAAGAAAAAAUGUACGAGGUCUGGCAGAGACAUCGGCGAGGACGAGUCACGGGACUGCAGGACUAUGCCAGUCCGAGAUUUUCGGACGUACCAACACAGGUAUUUAGUUCAAAAGCACAUUAUCGCUAUGCAAAAAGCUAAACUCGAAGAACAAAAUAAAGUAAUCGAAGAACUGAAAUUGAAGAAAAUUGCACACGACUCGAGCGAGUCGCUCGUCCGUAUGAAAGAAGAAAUUCGCAAAACAUACUUCGAAAUGGAUAGAAAACUGAAACCGAAGCUGCAGUGUAUGUCGAAAGAAUUAAAGAUCAAAGAAUUCGAAGAGCCAACGAUGGUCCUAAAUUGCUUGAAAGUGCCCCAGUUUUUGAAGAGAAUGGAGGCGCGAGCUCGGGAGCGCGAGGAGAGGCACGCCGUGACCCGCGAGCGACGCCGCCAGCAGGACGAGGAACGCGCCAGGAUCAAGCACCAGGAGGAGCUGGAGAGGGCGGAGAUGGACAGGGGAGAAAAAAAUCGUCGAAUAAAGCUGCUACAAGAGAAGCGAAGACGCGAAAAAAUCGAAAAUAUCAGAAAGAAGGAGCACGCGGAGAGAACGAGAGCGUUGCGGGUGAUGGCAGAGCUGCACCACGAGCGGAGCCUGAUGGCCGCGUACGGCAUCCGGCCGCUGCGCCUGCUCGUGGAGAUGAGACGGCGCAGCGAGGACGCGGCGCGCGCGCACCACCUGCGCCAGACCACCAGCAACUACUUCCUGCGCUGGAUGUGGCACACCCAGGACAUGUGCUUCGAGCGCAACCACAAGGCGGACGAAUUGUACAGGAGGAGACUAUUGACGAGAGCCUUCUCGCGUUUUAAAGAGCUGCACCGCGCUAGCGUGCUGAAGCGUCAAGUGGCGGAGGACUAUAGCGACCUGGUGGUGUCGCGCGUGGUGUUCCGCGCGCUGCGGGCGGCGGUCGUGGCCUCCCGCGCCGACCGUGCCUCCCGCUGGCGCAGAGCCGUCGCCUACUACGACGGUAACCUCCUGUUCAAAACUUUCACAAGUUGGAGGGCACUUCCCGCUCUGAACGCCUUGAGAAGAGAGCAAGAAGCGAGAAAAUCGAAAUGGCGACAGAAAGUUUUGCUCGUGGUGCCGGACUACACUCCACCAGAUGAGUAGAGAUUAAGUUACACCUAAAAUCUA